GCGGUGCAGCUUCUUGAAGAGGGGAACUUUGACGAAGCGAUCCGUUUGGCCAAUGGGGGUGGUGAGGGCAUCCAGGGCCUGCGGCACAUCGUCUGCCUAAAGUGUCUAACGCCCGACGUCAAGGAUGGGAACUUUGUGCGAGCUUGCCAAACUUUGCAGCGUUUUAGACAUCUGGAAGCACCUACCUGGCAGGAGUCGUUGGUCCUUUUCGACCGCGCGGGGGCAUUGCCCCACCUGGCGUUGCAGCUUCCGGUACCUCCUAAGGAGCAGCUACCUAACGAGGUCUACGACGAUGCUUUGCGGCGUUUGGUGCAUUACCCAUCGGCCUUGGUUGCAGUGCUGGCUUACUGGCCGAACGACAUUUUCUCGACCAGCGAGCUUCAGGCGAUCUUGCGCAAAGAUGCUCCUUCCUUUACGAGCUCGACAGAGCUUUCGCAGGAGGACCGCUGUCGUGCAGAAGCUCUGGCGCGGCUGUCGGAGAACACUGACCCGGACCUGGCUGUGGAGCUGCUUUUGAAGCUCGGGAGCUCCGAGGUUUUCAAGAUGGUGCGUCGGCUGAUCUCUGCCGGGCAUGACCCCGCGAAAUGGUUGUUGCCAAAGUUGCAGCAGUUCUUCGAGGUUGAUGACAAACAGGCUUGUGAGCUGGCCGUGGCUUGCCGCGCCUCCUUGCCAGUGGACCACGUCAUGUCCACCUUGGAGCAGUGUGAGACUCGCUGGAAGCAUGAGUACCUGAAGCAGUUGUUCGCACAGGACGAGAUUGCUGGCCAAGGCUACCAUUUGCAGAUGGUGGAGCUUUUUGCCGAGUACGAUCCUUCCGGUUUGCAACCGUUCCUCCGGGCCAGCGAGCGCUACCCCCUGGAUCAGGCUCUGGAGGUGUGCCAGCGGAAAGGCUUACGUCAGGAAGUUGCAUACCUUCUUGGGCGUGCUGGGCGCGUGGCCGACGCGCUCAGGAUUCUUCUGGAGGAGGUGGGCGACGUCCGCCAGGCUGUGGAGUUCGCAGCGGAGACGCAG